ACUGAUGAUGUGUCCUCCUCUCCUCCAUCCCCUAACAAAUGAUGUAAUGGAUUCUCCCUGUAAAUAAUAUAUAGCACUUCAUAAAUAUGUAAUGAGCUGAAGUGCUACCACCUCCACACUCACGGUAAACCUCGUCAGCCCCGCACAACGUGGGAGAUCGCUGCCUGGUGUGUGUGACAACCCUACUAUUUGCGUGCAGAUUGGUGUUGGGGCAAAAACGACUCUGUGGGCAAGCUUGCUCAUGACAGAGUAUAAAAGCAUGGUGUGCUGAUUUGUUUCCAGGGACAGUGGUAAGGCUUGGUCAUCAGCCAUACAGACAAUGAUGGAGAUGGGGACUCUCCAGACUCUGCACCUUGCUGCCCUCCUCCUGUUUUGCUCUCUACCCCACAUUUCUGGCAAGCCUUGGAACACCACCUGUCCUCUCCCAUCCUGUGCAUGUGAACUGCGAGAAAGGCUCACCGACUCCUCUCACUACAUCAAUGCUAAGACAGUGGACUGCAGCAACCAAAAGCUCACAGCCGUCCCGCCAGGCUUGCCUCUGGACACAGAGGUCCUCCUGCUGCAGGUCAACAACAUAGCCAGCCUGGGAGACAGCCUCAGUCCUCUGGAGAACCUGACCGAGCUGGAUCUGUCUCAGAACGACAUCUCUGACAUCGACCAGAACUGGUUCACUGGCCUGAAGCAGCUGGGGAAACUGCAGCUGCAGCAGAACUGGAUCUCCGGUGUGAAGAGUCAGGACUUCCUACCGCUGAGUAACCUGAGGGAACUUCACCUGGACUACAACCAGAUCACCUCGCUGGAUGACCUGGCCUUCAUGGGCCUCCAGGCCCUGCAGCAGCUCAACCUCAACGGCAACAACCUGACGUCUGUAGGGAGAGGGUGGCUGGAGGAGGUCCCGCGGCUCAAGAUCCUCCACGUUGGAGACAACCCCAUCACGAUGCUGGAGGACGGCAACUUCCAGCCUCUCUACAACCUGGAACACCUGAUCCUGUCAGGUGCAGGGAUGGUCGAUCUGUCACCCGGGGUGUUCCAUGGACUGCAGAACCUGCGCAGUCUUCACUUGCAGAACAACAGAUUCAUGAAGAUGCCAUCAGCAGCUAUACAAAAAGUGCCGAGCCUACAGUUCCUGGAACUGGACUACAAUCCCAUCGUAAAGAUCACCUCCCACCAGAUCAUCAAGCUGCCGCAGCUGGUCCAGCUGCAGCUCAACCACAUGCCCAAGCUGACCAUUGUCGACAACGGGGCCUUUCAAAACCUGCCUAACCUGCGGCGUUUAGAGCUCUCACACAACCCCAUGUUAUCAUACCUACAUCAGGACUCCUUCAGAGGUCUCCACAACCUGGAAAUCCUUCUCCUGAACAACAACGCCCUGACAGCGCUGUAUGAAGACAUCGUGCACAGCCUGCCCAGCCUGAAACAAGUCAGACUAGAGGGCAACCCUCUCCGCUGUGACUGCCUCAUGCGCUGGGUUGGCAUCAACGUCACCGACAUCAGCUACCUGGACAGAAAAAACCUGAUCUGCAACUCACCGCCAGAGUACCAUGGAAUGGACUUAGGGAGCCUGAUUCCAGAUCUGAUGAUGAGAAGAUGUAUGCCAAUCAUCCAGCCCACCUUCCCUUCAUACCUCACUGUGAAGCAAAAUGCACACCUAACCCUGGACUGUAGAGCUAUGGGGGAACCUCAGCCGAACAUCUACUGGGUACUCCCUAAUGGAGACCGCUUCACAAGCAGAAACACCUCACCACGGAUCAAGCUCACACAAGAGGGGACUCUGGAGAUGUCAAAAGUGCAGGUUCAUGACACCGGCCACUACACGUGUGUGGCAAUCAACGACGGUUAUGACGGAGACAGCCGUACGAUGUUGUUGAACGUGAGCGCCAGCCCAAACACGCUGUUCCACCUGUCAGCCUCCAACAUCACCACCCACUCCAUCCACCUGAGCUGGCAGUCUCCGUACGUGCAGCGCGUGCAGGCCUACCUGCUGCAGUACACCGCCAUGAUGAUGGUCGGCGGUGUACACGUCACGUACCGCGCCCUCAUCCCGCCCGAGGUGCAGCACUACAACCUCACCAACCUGGUCCCCUCCACCAACUACAAGGUCUGUCUGACCGUGGCCGACUUCCACACCCACCACCAGGGAACCUGCAUCACGGCCACGACCAAACAGGCGAUGUCGCCGCCCAGCCAGGUCGGCCUCAUCAUCGCCAUGGUGAUGGGCGGCAUGGUAACGGUGGGGCUGCUGCUGGCUCUGGUGUCGUACGGCAUGAGGAAGUACCGCGUGCGACACUACCACCGCGCAGAGAUGCACCACUACAUCCACGACAUCACCUCCAUCCCCCUGACAGACCUCUACAGCCCCAUCACCACGUCAUUAUGGGGCAGAGACAACAGUGUGGAUGCAUGAUAGCGGGAGGGAUGAGAUAAUGUGUAUAUUAUAGCUUAUUCUUUUGGAAAAUAGUCUAUGUAUAUGCCUUUCUACAGAGAUCCUUUAGGGAUAGACCUUCAAUAGGGAAGCUUUCCAGAAAUAAAGAAAAUUUGGUCAGGACGUUUUAAAUAAAAUUCACUCAAGACAGAACAAAAUUCAAGACAAUGCAACAGAUGAAAAGUAUACGGACAUGUUGGUCAGUGGAAGGAAAAUAGUUGAAGGAAAAAAUGCUGUAAUUUUCUGACAACAGCUACCUUUGAUUCUUCUUGGACCAUUCGUAUUCCUGAUAAAGAUACAAGGCCUGCUCUGCUACCUUGUGAAAUAACUGAUGAUGACCCGACUGCACUAUCUCCUAUUCUUGAUUCUAGUACCACCACAUUACAUGUACUUGUUUCUGCGAGAACAUAUUAAGUGGUGAUAGCAAAUCAUGCACCACCAAUCAACAAUAAACAAGUAAAUGAUGAGGCCUUAAAAUUGUUAGAAUUAAAAGUGGGCCAACAAAAAUUUUGUCAUUACACACAUGCCCUUGACAGAUGUACAAUGUAUAUCCAUUUUUCAUCAAGAAGCCUUAUUUCGGUCCCCUCCAAUCUUGAUGUACAUAUUCCAAAGUUUAAAUAAAUGGCACAAAACAUGUAUUACUAAGAAACUUUUGAAUGUUGGAUGAUUUUCAGGAUUGUGUGUAUUUGAAAAUGGAUUUUACUGCAUAUGAUUGAAUAAUUUUUCUUCCACAUAUAAAACUCCUGACUGAGUCCUGGCACCAGAACAUAUGGCUGUUUAAUAUUUGAUGAUGUUCCUUAUUUUCCAUUUGUUCAAAAUCGAUGUAGUAUGCAAGACUUAAGUGUGUUCCACACCUACAAGUUAUUGCUAACUGAAUACUAAUAAAGCUUCCUGUCAUCAGGCCAUGACAGGUCCCAUGCAUCACAUACUGUGCUGACAAAUUGUCUAGAUACCUGGACUUUUGAAAAAUGAGCCGGUAUCUUUUGUGGCGUGUUAAGUGUCUGUAUGCACACCACGAGUAACGUUCAGCAGAGAGGGGCACGAGAGAGACAGCCCUGUAGGAAAGCACUGUAAGUUUACAUUCUUAAGCCAUUUCAAAAGAUUUUGGCUUUAAAACACAGAACAGAGCCUAUGAAAUUAAAAAUGAAAUUUUGUAUGGGAAAGAGGGACUUGUAAGUGCUGUAUUUGAGUGGAAGGUGGAAAAGGUUGACUCUACUUACCGCUAGAUUACAUUUCAGUUUAAGGAAGGAAACUACCUUGAUGAAUGCAUUUUCCAUAUAUUUUCAUUGUGCAAAGCAUCACAAAAUGUCAAAGAAUUUUAAUCAAAAACUGAAAAGCUUUAAAUGGUGUUUGAGUUCAUAGACAUCAGAAUGAUUGCUACUGCUCAUGCUAUGAGAUUGAUGUACCCGGCACUACUGUAGUGACUAUGUUUGUAACUUUGUUUGUCAGCUCUAGCUUAUUCUGUGCAGUAAUGUUACAUUGAUUAUAACAGU